GAUCUCUCUUUGACAACCUUCUUGACAAGACUGCAUCACACCGAUCACCUGCCAACCACAUCUGCAGCCGCGGACCAAGCCUCUCACGUCAACCGACAUUCCGCGCCAGUAAACAGGCAUCAUGGUGUUGCGCAGCAGCGACGACGCACACGUCAUGUCCAAGUUUGUGAACUUCACGCAGGCGACCCCUGAAUCAAUCUCCCCCACCCCCGAAGCCUCAAUGACCCGCGAGAACCGUCACGCCUACAAGCGUCUUGAUACUGACACCUUCAACGCCCUCGACGUCGAAACGCCCCGCGUGAACCGUCGCGCUCACAAGCAUCCUGAAGUUGAUUCCAUCAACGCUCUUGAUAUCGAAGCACCUCACGAGAACCGUCGCCGUCAGAGGCUGUCAUUGCGUCGUCGCAACGAACCCCACAUGGAGAGUGAUGACGGAAGCGAUGAGUACGACAACAACCGCCAGAACAAAUCCACUAUGUUGGCACGCACCAAGGACGCGUACCCAGAGGUCCCAGACCUCGGAGAUGGCUCUGACGACACAGUCACACGCCGUACUUUGACGGGUACUGGCAAGCGUAAGCGCCACAUGAUUACAGUUGUGGAUGACGACGAGGAAGAGUCCGACACUUCUGGUGGUCAUCGCGAUCCUACUCCCGACCCUUCCCCUCGUCGUCCUGGAACUGGUCGCCUUCCUCCUCCAUCAUACAACACAACUAUGGGACGCCACAACCGUGAAGAGUCCGCAUUGUUCAUGACCCCGGCUCUUGAUGACAGCCGCACAUCUUCCGUGACUAGCGCACCUUCCACCUUGGUGAAACCCAAGCCUAAGAGCUACGCUGCCGAGAUGAAGGAGCGCAUGCUCGCUUCCGGUCGUGGCGGCUUCGGUAUCAGCGCAGGCCGCAAGAACAGUCCGGCCAAGAACGAGGAAAACAUCAUGAUCAAGGACCUCCGCCAGAAUGAGCGCCUCUCGUGGGAUGAAAUCGCCAAGCAACUGAACGAGCGGCGUGUCGCCAACGGCCAGCAGACAGGCCUGACUGCUGCGUCUGUCUACGGUCGUUUCGUUCGCAAUGCCCCCCUCAUCGCAGAGAUGAACGGCGAGAACGACUUUGACGUCCAAGACCACAUGCACUUGCAGGAGCAUCGCAAGCGCGCUAAGCACGCUGGCCCUGCUGUCGACAGAGACCCGGCCGAGCGACCCAUGCCUAUCUUCAGUGAGGAAGACGACCGCAAGCUUUGCCUUGCAGUUCAGCACGUCGACAAUGAUCGCUGGAACGCGAUCGCGGCGGAGUUCAAGAAGAGCGGUGGCUUCGCCAUCACGCCGUACCAGGCCGCCAAGCGCUUCAAGAUGAUCUAGGU